AUGUUGACUGAAAGGCUCAUGCUAAAACAGGGUAUCAGCCAACAAAAAUCAAGACCGGUAUCGGCUUCUGAUUUAAGAAACACGAUUACUAUUCAUGAAGGAGGUUACGAGAAUAUCCUCAUCGCUAUCAACAAGGAUGUUGCAGAAGACCAAUCCAUCAUUGAUAACUUGAUUGAUAUAUUCUCCUCGGGCUCUGGACAUCUAUUUACGGCCACAAAACACCGGGCUUAUUGGCGUAACAUCACAAUACUCAUCCCUAAGACAUGGACGCCAAAACCUGAGUAUGAAUCGGCUAAGACUGAAUCGUUUGAGACAGCUAACAUCAUUAUCGAUGCUGCUAACCCAGAAUGGGAUGAUAAUCCAUACACUCUUCAGCUUGGUGGAUGCGGGGUACAUGGAGAAUAUAUUCAUCUUACUCCAAACUACCUUACUGACAGAGCAAACAGCGAGUAUAUAUGGGGUUCUAUGGGCAAGCUAUUGACUCAUGAAUGGGGUCACCUACGAUGGGGGCUUUUUGAUGAGUAUCAUACAGAAGGUGAUGGCGAAAGUGUCCAGAAGUUCUAUGUCAACUCUUUUGGUGAUAUCGUCGCUACUCGAUGUAGUGAUCAACUUGAGGGUGAAGCACUUAAUAUCAACACUUUUGCACCAUGUCAGCGUGAUUCGUCUACCGGUCUCUACGAAGAAGAUUGCUUCUUCUUCCCCAAUCUAGAAGGACAAACAUCCCCAGCUUCAAUAAUGUAUGCUCAAUUCUUGGAUUCGGUGAUCGGAUACUGCGACAGUAAUGACGGACCACAUUUCCACAACCGUGAAGCUCAAAAUAAACAUAACAACUUAUGUGACGGGAGAAGCGCUUGGGACGUGAUGCUUGAGACAGAAGAUUUCUUGGAAGGCAACAACCCUCCAAUCGAAGAAGAUAUUGACACCACACCGACCUUUAGACUUGUACAGGCUCGGGAAAGGCGAGUCGUUCUUGUCCUUGAUGUCAGUGGGAGCAUGGGGAACAACGACAGAUUGACCAAACUCAACCAAGCAGCAACACAGUAUCUGCGCUAUACCAUCGAUGACGGUAGCUUUGUAGGGAUAGCACAUUUCUCCGACUAUUCCCGAACCAUUGCGCACUUGAGCGAAAUCACAGAUACCAGCCGUGAGAGUCUUGUCUUGGGAUUGCCGAAUAUUGCUAAUGGUCCGACUUGUAUCGGAUGUGGAAUCUUGGAAGGGAUUGAAAUUUUGAAGGGAGUAUCAGGAACUGAUGAUCCAGCCGGUGGUUACAUACUCUUAGUAAGUGACGGACAACAAAACCGACAACCAUAUAUCGAAGAUGUCUUUGACGAGGUCGAUGAAGCUGGGGUCAUCAUCGAUACCAUCGCUUUUAGUGAAGCCGCUGAUCCGAACUUGCUGGAAUUGUCUGUCCGAACGAAUGGACUUGCUUUCUUUUACCCUGACACGGCCACAUCUACAGCUCUCAACGAUGCAUUUACUGCCACUGUCUCGACUAGACCAGGUCUUAGUUCAGAGACAUUACCCAUUCAGUUAUAUAGUGGAGCCCUGACAAUCCCAGCUGAUGGCCCAACCGAAGAUACUUUUCUGAUUGAUUCUUCACUGGGAGUGAAUACUGUUCUCACUUUCUCCUGGCUUGAUGAUACUAUCGAUGUAGUAGUGAUAGACCCUGUUGGUAUUAUCAUUGAUAGUAAUGAUACAGUACAGUAUAACAGAGAUGAUACAGCUCAAAUCAUCGCCGUGGUCAUCAAUGAAACAGCUAAGGCAGGACUUUGGAGGUUUUCUGUGGACAGUGAAUCAGAUGAUGUCCAGACUGUUCUCGUUACCAUCGAAUCAAAACCUACGUCACAAACUGAUGCACCAAUCACAGUUAACGCCAUUGUUGGAUCACAGACGAUAGAUCACACUGUGACACCAAGUCUUGAGAUAUUUGCAGAGGUUCGUAAGGGAUAUCUACCAGUAGUGAAUGCUGGUGUUCAAGCCGUUAUUGAAAGCCCGGGCUUGGCUACCACUUAUCUUCCACUCUUUGAUAAUGGCGCGGGAGCUGACAUUACCAAGAAUGAUGGCAUCUAUUCUGCCUACUUUUUACAGUUUGACAACAAUGGAAGAUACAGCAUUAAGGUACAAGUGAGCAAUGAAGACUCGACAGCUUCUAUCAGUUCAAGAUCGAGAAGGAGUUCGGGCGGUCUUCCAUUAUCUCCAGAUCGAUACACUCCAUCUCCAGCAGCAUAUGAGCCCGCUGAGCCUUUUGUUCGGACUGGAUCAGGUGGUGUAUUUGAAGUUGAAAAUUUUGUUGCUCCAAUUGGUGACGAGCUUGCUCCGUCACGAAUCAACGAUCUUGGUGUCCUUGCUACGAGUUACGAUGAAUCUAGUGUGACUUUACAGUGGACAGCAGUCGGUGAUGAUUACGACCAAGGAACAGGUGAAUAUAUAUUCAUGUAUCUUAUUCUUAUUUCAUUUAAUUCAGACAAUUAAUAUUGUACACUUUGUACACUAGAGUGGAAAAAAUAAUCAUUAGUUACACCAAAAUACCUGUGUUUUGAGAACAGUGUUUGUAUUUACAUUUCCUGAUAUUUUUAGAUUGAUGAUUUUUGUUAUGAUCAAAACGGCAAAUUUCAACAAAAUAUAGUUGAAACAUAUUUGAAGUCAUUCUUAUUUCAUCUAAAAAAAUCUUU